AUAUUAUUCCAAAUGGAAAGUUCAAAAGAGUUGAUUGCAAAGCAAGCACAAGAGAGUUUACUCGAUGAAGCCCAGACGAGAGACACUGAAUUGAAUCUUAAUAAAAAAAUGGCGCGUGCGAUAAAUUCAAAAGAAGCCAGGAAAGUCUACUACAAGCACUAUAAUCAAAGAAUAUGGUAUAUGCUUAAAACAGGUUGAUAUUAUGAAGCCUAUUUAUAUCCUAACAAAAGUUGGGCAUUGGGAGUUUUAUCAGAUGCUGAGAAUGGGAAGAAUAGCAUUAGUCAUUAUGAACUUACUGAAAUUCCAUUUGAUCAUUCGACAAAUUUGCUCUCUAGUAAUGCAGAUUUCUGAUCGUUCAAUAAGCCAAUCGAGAAAGGAUAUAUUGGAAAUCUUUCUUUCUGGCUAAAUCUAAAUAUACGCUUCUACAGGGACUUGACCUUUAAAAUUCUCAGCAUGACUACUCUUCAUUUCAAAAUAAAAAAAUUCUCCUUGAAUUUAAGAGAUAUUGCAAAGAUCUUAAUAUCAGGAAGAACUCUGGAGACAAUUUGAUUUUUUGUAUGAAAAUUCAAUCUUGAAGUCGUCACAAAGCCAUUCUUGAAUGAUAAAGAUCAUUUUAAACUAAAGACAAAUCUCAGAAAAGUUGAAUUUGAUGGUUUUUACAUUCAAAAUUGAUCUGAAGACUUAAGUUGUUCCUUAUUUGCCUCUACCAUUAUGAAAAAUAUAGCUAGCUCUUUUCUUCCUAUUACUUUGAAAGAAGUAACAUUCACCGACUCAGGAUUUUUAUUUCAAAGAAUUAAACUCCAAAAUCAGCCUCCUUAUGAAAUAACAGGUAUUUAUGAAUCGGAUGGUGAAGUCACGAUAAAAUUUCUUCUCAGUGAUUAA